UCUAAAUACGAGGAGGUGUGAUGGUAAAUUUUGGGACCUCGUAAAGAAAUAUCCCAUCCCUCCUCGAGUCUUAGAAGUGAUUCAAUUAUCUGGAUUGUACGGUGUUUACAGGUCUCAUCGGCCUAUGAUUGAUCGUAGUUUGAUCACUUCCCUAGUCGAGAGAUGGCGUCCUGAGACACAUACAUUUCACUUUAGGACGGGUGAGGCAACUAUCACCUUGCAAGAUGUAGAGGUGUUGUAUGGCUUACCUGUGAAUGGUCAUCCUGUACUUGGUAAUGAGUUGAUUAGGACUAUAGGAGAUUGGCAAAAUAUUUGCCAAAGAUUAUUAGGUUUUACUCCAUGUCCUCAAGACUUCAACCAUAAUAGCCUUAAGGUCUCUGCACUUAAUGCGCACAUGCUAAGGCAACCACAGUUGACGGACAUGGCAACACAAGAUAUGGUUAAUCAAAAGGCUAGGUGUUACAUGUUUUGGAUGAUUGCUGGUAUGAUGAUGGCAGAUACAUCUGGUAGUUUUUUAAAGCUUAUGUAUCUUCCCAUGCUCGAGGACGUCAAUGCAAUUGGGUCUUAUAGUUGGGGUAGUGCGACCUUAGCGUGCUUGUAUCGUUUUCUCUGUAAGUCCUCACAAAGUAACCAAAACGAGAUAGCUGGAUUUCUACCACUACUUCAGGUAUACUCAAUAACUAAAUAAAUUAUUUAUUAAUAUUUCUUGUACUUUAAUUACCUAAAUUAUAUAUUAUGUUUAGAUUUGGGCAUGGGAAAGAGUUACUGUCCUUAGACCACAGGUAAUAGCACAAAGAGACAUCAGAAAUAUUUUUCCAGCUGGUUUACCUAAGGGUCCACAUGCUACUAGAUGGUUUGCACGUUUUAGUUGGACCGACACUACUAAGCAUGUGUUGAAAGUGUUUAGGGAUGCACUUGAUUCCAUGACGGAGGAUCAGUUUAUUUGGGAACCAUAUUCUGAUGAGUUAAUUGAGGGUCUUCCUGACUAUUGUCGCAUUGGACGAGAUAUAUGGCGUGUUAGAGCUCCAAUUUUUUGUUGGGAUGUCGUCGAGGUUCACUUGCCUGACCGAGUUAUGAGGCAAUUUGGGUUGAAACAGAUGAUACCAACUCCAUUUUUAUUUGAUUCGACACAUUUUCACCAUGAUCGUCGGGGAAGACCAAAUACAAAUUGGGAGUUGGAGCAUGCACAAUGGUUGCCUUUUUGGAACCAACGACUUCAAUAUAUUUGUGAAGCACCAAUCAAUCGUGAACCACUUCGAUAUGACGACCCCUACCUUAUUUGGUUUAGACGCAUUACUCGUCUUGUUAUUGGUAAUCCUACUCUGCGUCCUCAACAACAACAAGGUUAUGUGCCAAAUUCAACGGCAUACGAAACAAUGGUGCGUUAUAUUCAUUCGAUGGUUGAUAAAGCAAAAUCACUCGGUGAUCAACCAUCAAUGGAGGAUUUUUACAUAUUUCGUGCAAUGGUGCGAAAUGAAGGAGAAAGAUGUUUGACAUAUGUGCACGAGGCUGAUAGGAUUAAUAUACAAGCCGAUUAUAGAAGAGAUGACGUACAAGCUGACCAUUUACAUCACCCUAUUCGUAGGCGAGGAAAAGGUGGUGUUGCUGGUAGGAGGGCACGUGCUGCUGAGAGAGGACGAAUUCCUGUUGAAAUGGACGAAGCAGCCUUAGAAGAUUAUCAAGCAACUGGUGAUAUUGGUUCCACUUCAAGGAGUCACACUCAGGAAUUCAUUCCUGUGGCAUCAGGUAUGACAUAUCAACCAACAAAUUUUGAGAUUGCCCCAUACAUGACGCCACAAAUUUCAAGGGAUCCAAGUCUUUCGUCACUUGAGAAUGUCUUUGGUAAUUAUCGGCCUCAACAUUUUGAGAAUGCCCCAAAUUUUACCUCAUCGCCUGUGCCAAUGUCCAUGGAGAUCCCUGAUGCCAUGACUAAUUUAGAGGACUCCAACAUCGAGAUAGAAGGUAAUGAGUUGGAUGAUUCCAACAAUGAAGUGGAUGGUAAUGAUCCUGAGAAUGCAAGUAGAGGUGGUGAACCAUCAGCGAAGAAGAAACGUACAAUUUUUCCUAAGUUUUGUGGCACUGGUACAAUAUUUUUAAAGCUUUGGUGA